AUGUACUCGGGCAAUGUAGUGCGUGUCUGCAAUUCCCAGCCUGACCCACUUGAACAUGGUCCACCUAAACGCAUUGGACGCGAGGAGCAACCUAUUGGAGAGAUUGUAGCAGCUUCAAAGAAGCGCGUGUCGUGGCGUUUUACUCUUGGUGAGUCUGAUCGCACACAUGAAGUUGUGUUGGUCCACUCAAUUAUGAGCUAUAAGAAGAUGGUGCAAUAUGGUGGUCGUCAAAUGCAUUUUUCGUCAACUGCAACCUUGGGAGAUUGGAGUUUUUUCAUUAUUCUGGAUGGACUGAAUCUGGUCAUGGAAAUACGAAUUAAUGAAGUCGAGUCAGCUGAUAAUCCAAAAUAUGAUUUAUUCAUGAACAAAGUUCCAUACCGUCGCUGGGAUGUUUUACGUCGGAAGAAGCACGUUCAUGUUACAGCUACUUAUACUCACCCGAAUGCUCCUCCUGGAAAUGCCUACGGAACGCACCGAUGGGGACCUGAUGGGGCUAUAUCUUUGUCACAAAAUGAACCUCAGCUGCAUUGUGGCUCGUUUGCGGGUUCUCGGGAACCCGUUUUUGGUAGCAUUCGAGGCUCUUUUACGGACACUUAUCGUACGAUAGAUCGUACACAGAGCUUUGGUCUUCAUGGUUCACGAGCGUCGUCGGGGCAAAAUAAUGGACACAUCCGCAGUUUCGCAGGAAAGCACAAUGAACAGCAACGUUCCAGCAGUGUACAGCAAAAUGGUGGAAAGCGUUCAUCAUUGCAAGCACAAAGCGCUCCAUUGGCUCCUGACUCAGGUGCUUUAAAUGCCCAGCGGCAACAACCUUCGGCUCUAGCUGCGCCGAAGCCAACGAAGCAGCAUGAAAUUAACCUCAUUGACGACUUUGACCCUAGUGUGACUGUGUCAGUGCAGUCGUUAAUCUUUGAUCCACUGGCAAGUGUAAAAAUGUUGCCAACAGAAAAUUCUGCAGCUGCAACUGGGCCUCAGCAGCAAAAACAGCAGCAGCAAGGUCGUCCAGUUGCUGUUGUUCCCCAGCCAGCAACUUACGUCGACCCGUUUGCUUCCGUUACGACGCCUAUUGUAGCUAAACCUGUUGGACGUAUCAACUUUGAUCCUUAUGCCAAUCCGAAUGCUAGCAACUACCAGCAACACAGUCAGAAGCCAACUCGUCAAUUGCCUGCUGCUAGUACUACUAAUCAAUUUACGGGAUAUCAGCAGUCGAUGUCGGGAAUGCCGAUGAGUGCAUCAAUGGGAGGAAUGGCUCAACAGCAGCAACCGGUUGUGCAAAGUUCCUUUACAGGACAGCAGUCUGCACUCGGUGGUAUGGGCAAUGUCAGUUACCACAUUUCACAGCUCAUGAAUCCAGCAAGUCUCCAAAAGAGCAAGAGUCAACAGGGCAAGUCCAUCAACAUUGAUGCAUUCGCUGGGUUAGGUUGUUAG